UAUCAGUGAUCCGAUCGACGUCGAUCAAUACAGACGUCCUAUAAAGUGUUGCAAGCGUUAAAUUAUAUUCAAAUUAAUUAAUUAAUAUGGCACUUUUAUACCAUAUUUCGAUAGUAAGUUUAUAUACGUUCGCGCUAUGGUAUGAUCAAAAGUACGUGCAUAUACCAUACCCGGCGAAAGAAUUUGAAAAUGUACCAUUCAACGCUCGAGCGAUAUUCUUCACAUUUUGGACUGUUGUACUGCAAAAUGUGUACUUCAUCGUAGCACUUCUGAAUGACAUCUUCGGAACCAACUCGGCCACGAAAAAGCCGCCUCUAAUCCGUCAGUUCAAGGACAUCCUAUUCAGCAUAACGCUCAGUGCUGCUCUAUACGUAGUCCUCGUAUUUUGGACCUUCUAUAUAAUCGACAAAAGGGCCAUCUUCCCUAGCGAUGAAAUCGAAAAAAUCUUCCCAAUGUGGUUGAACCUUAUCAUGCACACACUAAUUCUACCAAUUAUUUUAGUAGAAUUAUACCUCACUAAGAGAAACUAUCCUUCAAGGAAAACUGGGUUUUCUGUAGCCAUUUUCUUGACUGCUAUUUAUGCUGUUUACAUUCAUGUUAUUUACUUUAAAUACGGUAUCUGGCCUUACCCAUUCCUGUAUGUAGUUAGUUGGACGACAAAAGGCAUGUAUUUCCUGGGCAGUGCUGCACUGGGCAUGGCUUUCUAUUCGUUCGGUGAAAAGUUAGACGCCAUGGUCUCUGAUAGAAAUAGUAAAGUAACUUACACUAAUGGAACUAAGAAAAUACACUGAUUAAUAUUAUUUUAGAAAUAAGGAUUUAAGUUAUUUAAUUUUUUUAGAGAUUUUUUUGGAAGCCUAAAUUAAAUCUAGUUACUAUGUGCAAGUGGCACUUUUUUUAUCCUUUUGGAGCCCUUUUUGUAACUACCAGGCCCGGCAGGUAUUGGCCCUGGAACCCGCAGUUUGAUGACUGCUCUUUGAUAAGAGUAUGCAAGAAAACGUGCUAUCGACACGGGCUUAGAAGGCAUUUAUUAGAUAGGUACUCACAUACAGCCAUGACGUUCAAACCUUAUAAAUAAUUUUAAAUUGUAAAAGUAGCACACUUAAUUUUUCGAGAAUUGUCUAAAUAGUAGGUACACACUACUUACCUGCAUAACUACAGUCCAUAACGUAGUAGAUAAUUUUAGAUAGCUACUUGAAACACUUAGUGUUUCCUUUCUCAAUUAUGUAUAUUAUUCUAGUGUAGGCUAUGUCCUGGAGCUGUAGUAAAAUUAUUUUUAUACAAUCUUUAACAUUCUAAACUCAUUCCAAAUAUAUGUACUCAGUUUGUAAAUAACCCAUUGAAAUAAAACCAAAAAUUGUUAUACAAAAAA